AUGUUUAAACAAAUGACAUGCAGGUGUUGGAUAACUCCAGUGAGGUACUCCUACGUGGUACGCCCGCUUCAAACACACUCCCGCUGUGGAGCGCACGCGGCCACCCGUAACCAUGCAUCUGAACAAACUAAUUCUCUUGUCUCCCUCCUCGAGGAACCAAGAAACCCAGCCUCGAUCCAGUCUCCCCGCAUCCAUCGCUCUCCGGAUCGACCGAUCCGGCCGAUGGAGGUGUUCGACGAAGUGCACUUCGUGCGGCUCCGGUGCCGGGUGCGGCGGACCAAGUACCUGGCGGCGGACGACGACGGGCACGGCGUGUGCCUGUCCAGCCAGCGCGGCGCGCACAACACGGUGUGGGCGGUGCAGGCCAUGGAGGGCGCGGUGGAGGGCGCCGAGGGCGGGCCCUUCGUCCUCCUCCGCGGCGCCUAUGGCCGCUACCUCUUCGCCACGGAUGUGCAGGCCGCCACGGGGCCCGGCCACGGCGUCCAGGCCGCGCAGCAGGCCCGGCCGCACCCAAACACGCCGAGGUGCAUGCUCUGGCAGGCCAUCCGGCGGCAGGGCUCCUUCGUGAUCCGCAGCGCCGGGGGCCGGUACCUCCGCGCCAACGGCAAGUACGUCCGGUGGCGCACGGCCGUCACCGUCGCCGGGGACGACGCCAGCGCCAUGCUGCAGUGGGACGUCGAGGUCGUGCCCCUUCGCCUGGACCGCCCUACCCUCCUCGAUCCACCGCCACAGCCGAUGCGGAGGCGGCGCCACCCGCCGACGGAGGAGGAGGUGGCGCGGCAGGUCCGGUACAUCCGCGCCGGCGUGGACGGGGACAUAGACGAGACAGGGUGGCGGACGGUGCGGAUCAGCACCAACAGCCUCAUGCAGCUGCGGCUGACGCUGGCUAACCUGCUGGGCCAGAACCGGUCGGCGCUCCACACCACGCUCUGCGUCCGCGCCGGCGCCUACGCCGACCUCUCCCCUCUCCUCAUCGACCUGCCCAUCGGCAACGACCGCCUCGACAUCGUCGUCAUCACCCACGGCACACCAGUGGACAACACGUUGCUGUACCCAAACGUCAAUGCGCGGAAUUGA